CGGAUAUCUGACAGUUGCGUCACCGUUUGUCGUGUGUGUACCAAACUUUUGUUAAUGAGUCUCGAUAUCAUUAACCUACUUAAUUCCGCAGCAUGUGAUGAUCUCAGUGUAAUGUUACCUGCAAGUCAGCAACUUACUAUGGUCACUCAAUCAGGAGAGAAUUGUGGAAAUAUGUGUUCUGCUGUAGCAUCAUGUGUUUUCUCUAGCGAUGAUCGUUUAUCUGCAGGUGGACGUUUUUUGGGUCUUAUCUACCUCAAGAAUAUGAUGUUUGACAGCAAAAUUUGGGAUAAUAUUGAUCUUACAGUCAAAAAGAAAGUGGAAAUGCUACUCUUUGAUUAUAUAUCCCGUGGUACAGAAAAUAACUUUACCAAUCUCGUUGAAAAUACUCCUCAAGUUAGUUCUAUUAUUGCUGAGCUGACCGCAAGGUACGUAAAGAACGAGUGGCUUAAGAGUGGUUGGUCUGACUCCUUGUGGCAAAAUCUUUUGGACUGGCACGCCUGGUCUUCAUUACGAUCUGGACUGAAGGCAGCAGCAAGUUUCAGGUUACCUGCCCGGCGCCAUGCUUUUAAUAAUGUGAUCAAGAAGCUGUUACCAAGUGUUAUAAGUUGCUUUAAAGAUGCGAUUGUAGAUGUAGAAGUGAAUAUUAAUCCUUGUAUAAAGCUUUCGAAGUUACUUUGUUCAUGCUUAAACUUAAUGUGUAAAAACAAUGUGAUGACCCUAGAUAAUAGUAAAGAAAUAUUUGAGUCUACUUUCAUGUCAACUCUCUUGGCUCUGGAGUUAGCGUUUCAAAGCAUGUUGAACACUGACAAAUCUCCUCUGAUGUCUGUAUUUCGUCGACGUGUAUCGAAGUUGUUGUUUGUCUUGUUUUUGUCCUGUCCUUCGGAAACCAGAGAUUACUUUGCUGUACCUAUAUUGGAGCACGUUUUGGCUAUUGUUGCGUGUUCUGGUUAUAUACAAUCAAGUGACAAGGAUGCGAAUGCAGUAAAAUGGCUCUUGGGAAUUACAUACAGCGUCCUCUGUUCCAGGUCAUCAAAAUACGCUGGUCAAGUAAAUCUCACUGAACAAGGGAAGCGUGAGGUAGAAUUAUGGAUGUCUCACUCUUACCAGUUACCCAGUGGACAAAUUAGCAACAAAUGGACCUACUUCAUGAUGUCACUUUUUGAACAUUGGUUUUUACUUACUCCAAACGAGUUACAGUUUCUCACAAGUGAUCCAGAAGGUUGUUUAUCUUCAGGUGGUAUUUCCAGUAUCAGCGUAGGACAUGACGCUAAAACUGAUUCAGUGUAUGCAGAUUUAAAUUCUAUUUUGAAUGUAGAUUACCAAGCAAAUGAAUUGUGUGCACGCAACAUUGAAACUAUAAUGGGUAUUUCUGAUAGUUCUCAGCAUAUGCUAACACCACAACCUUGUCGUCAAUUAACAGAACUUAUCUUUACAAUAUUCUGUCGAUUAUAUGAGGAGGCAAAUCCAAUAUUAUAUGAGAUAGUUCAGUCAAUUAGUGCUGGGACAAACAAACCACUCAUCUUCGAAGCUAUUAUGAGACUUGUACAACUAUGUUUACCAUAUUUCGGAACGAAAGCAAAUUGGAUCAGUUUAGCGGACCGCCUUAUAGCUGAUGGUUUGGCAGUAGGAGAUUCCAUACAAGAUCGCAUAGGGUUAAAACCUAUAGAGGAUGAAAUUACUGCUGUUACAAUUCUGACUCGGACUCUAUCCCUCUUAUCGCGUUACAGUGUACAAUGUAUUCCUCCAGGAGAUACGGAGUUUUCAUCGCUGAAACCUAACUGUAAUAAUGCUCUUUUACAUAUCAACCGAUAUUUGAAUCGUCCAUCUAAUUGGGAUCAAAAUGUUUUACAAAAGCAACUAAUGAUGUGCAUCAGAUUGGCAUCUGCGCAUAGUCUUAUGUGGUUUUUGGAAGUAACAGUGUUUCCUGAGGAUAUUUUGGUGUUACAUGCUGAAAAUUUACUAAAUGGUACACUUUUUUUAAUCCAGGAUGUUAAAGAAUGUGAAACACAAAUUUAUGUGCUAACUUUAUUAGGGAAAUUAAUUCGUGAAAUUGAUUUAAUUGCUUAUCCUCAAUUCAUUACUCCACUUCUGAAUACUUUAAAUCAUUUAUGGAGUCUUAGUGGUUUCAGCGCUGCACUACGAGCUAGUAUUCUAAAUGCUGUCUGUCUUCUAGUUACUGACUUUAAUGGAUUCAAUGGAUGUUCUACAUUUCUCCCUGAGUUUAAUGCAUUAAUACGUAGUUCUGUAAUUCAUUUAAUUCAAAUGUCCUUAAAUCAAGAAGAAGAAAAUGAAAUAACUGGUUCAGAAGCUUUAUUUGAACCAGCUAUUCGUUUAUGGGCAAGUUUAGUUGAAGGCCUUAAUUCUACAUGGUCAUCAGAUUUAAUUAAUUUAAUGCCUAUAUUAGUUGGAGAUAGUGUACGUUUGAUGCAAACUAGUGGAGGUCAGUCAAUUAAUGAUACGUUAAAACAACCAUUACUUGGUCGUGUUGAUUCUGGUGAACAGGCUGAUCUUGUCUUUCGUAUUGCCUAUGGUACUUUAAGGCUAGCUCACAAAGCUGGUAGUGAGAUUUUAAAGAAUUUUAUUUGUCAAUGGUCUGAACCAUUUUGGAUAUCCAUUUUGAUUGUUUGUCUGAACGGGAAUUCACUUGGGGAACAAGUGAAUUUAGAGGAUCUUUAUUCUCAAGCUGCUUCAUCAUGCAUUUAUGAUGAAAAUAAAACGGAUGAAGAGUCGAAAUACAGAAUAAAUCAACUAAAAUUAUUCAUUAUUUGGUUCACUAUUUACUUGGAUAUUCAAUAUUCUCAACAAAAUAUUACACCUUUACCAUCAAGUGCAAUUGGUUUAGUUUUUCUAGCGGCUAAAUAUUGUUUAAUUCGUGCACCUGAGGAUGCACAUUCUGAUGUGACACCAAAAGCUACAGAAUGUCGACUAGAACUUCUUGCUCGAUUAGUAUUAUAUCCUAAUAUGUGGUCUUGCUUUACUUAUAUAUUACAAUUAGUUCAUAAAUUUUCUGAUAAUAACAACCCAACUAAUUUACAUUUAUUGCUACAAGAAUAUUAUAAUUCCAUUGGUCAACAGUGUUAUUCUACAAUGGAUGAAUUGAGAAACUUAUUAAGUUCACCAAUUAGUCGUUGGUUAGGACGUGUUGAUUCUUUGUCUAGUUAUAUUGAUCGACGGUGUAUAGCUGUGGCUGUUAUCACUUGUUUUAGACAAGGUGUUCAUUCAUACACCAUUGGUGAUCAUCAAAUACUUGAUGCAAAAUACUUGGAAGAUUUAGCUGUAAAUGAUGUUUGGCACGCUCAAUGGCUUGAACCAGUCAUCAAUCUUAUGAUACAGGUUCUCUACGAUAAAGAUGAAAUAACUACUGAAGAUGAAAAUAUGCAUUUUUAUCAUUCUUAUCCAAUUGGAAUUUCUUCACUGAACAAUUUAAAACAACGACUUAGAAGUGAAUUAAAUUUAUGGCAAAAUCAAAUAGGCUCUCCUGCUAUAGCUGAUGCUUUAAUUAAAUGUCAUGUUGACCCUGCUCUUCGUGUUCAAUUAGAAAAUCAAUUAAAUCAAAUUGAAUCGUAACAGAUAAUAAUAAUAAUUAUUCUUUGUUAAGAUUUUUCUAAAUUCUACAUUGUAUAAUAUAUUUAGUUAUUUUUAAAGAAAAUGAAAUAAAAUCUUAUUUAUUCGUUUUACUAUACAA